AUGACAAAAUCUGAAAAGCAGGCACAAAGACAAUGUACCAGUCGACAUGAAGAAAAAAAAAGAAAGAGGAGCUCCACUCUUAAACUGGGCACAUGGAAUGUGCGUACUCUACAAACUGGACUUAAUGAAAACUUACCAGACAUAGAAGAUGUCAGAAAAUCUGCAAUAAUAAACGAUGAACUGUCCAGGCUCAAAGUAGACAUUGCCGCCCUUCAGGAAACUCGUUUAGCUGACUCUGGUUCAAUCAAAGAAAAAGACUACUCCUUCUUCUGGCAAGGCAAAGCCGAAAGCGAAGUAAGGGAACAUGGCGUUGGUUUUGCAGUUAAGAACACACUGCUGAACACAGUAGAGCUGAAGUGCAACGGUUCAGAAAGACUCCUAUCACUACGCCUUAACACAUCUACUGGACAUGUGACAUUGAUAUGUGCCUACGCUCCUACUCUGAGUUCCACACCAGAGGCCAAAAAUAUGUUUUAUGACAACCUUUCGUCUGCUCUUAGCGAGAUCCCAACUACGAACAGGUUAUCAUCCUCGGCGACCUCAAUGCACGCGUUGGAUCUGACAACUCUGCAUGGGACAGCUGUAUUGGGCGUUUUGGUGUCGGAAAAGUAA